CCCAUCUCCUGGCAAGAAAUCAAAGACAUUGCGCCUAUCGCUCGCCAAGGAGCGGCAGAACAACUGUUGCAUAUCUGGACGAGGCAAAGAUAUCGUAUUGACCCCGAGGCUCUCUGGGGAGAUGAGAUCGAGUACACUUUGAUCAAUGUUGAUGCAAAAGCAUCCAAGGCCACGCUGCUUUUGAGCCAGGAGAAUGUGCUGCGCCAAUAUGAGAAGCGUUGCGCCAAAGAGAAUAGACUGGCGACUUCUAGCAAAUCGUGGAAUGCAGUCUCUUUUCAGCCAGAAUGGGGUCGGUAUAUGAUUGAGGCAACUCCAGCGAAGCCAUACGGAGAAGAGAUUACCGCACUACUGAAGGUGGAAAACAAUAUGCGGCUACGGCAAUGUAGGCGAGAUCUGAUUCGACAGUGUCUACUACCGAAUCAGCAUCCUCUGACUCUCAGUGUCUUGCCUGGUCUGGGCACCCAGGGCCUGUUCACAACCCUAGAGCCGGACACAAGAUUUUCAGGAAAUGCUUCAGAUGGCCGAGUCUACCAUCCAAGUACGCGCUAUAUCAUGGCGACAGAGAAUUUGACUACCCGGCGGCAAGGACGGUUUGAAUGCCACGUUCCGGUAUUCCGAGACGAAUUGACCGAGCGACCGUUUUACGACAAGAACGUGUCGUACGAGUAUUUAUCGCAGCAGUUGCCUCCAGCAGACCCGAAAGAGGGGCACAUACAUCUUGAUUGCCCCGAGCUUGGGAUGGGAUGCUGUUGCAUCCAAGUCACCAUGCAAGCGCCAAAUGAGCCUGAAGCUCGAUGGCUGCACGAUCAGCUCAUGGUUUUGGGGCCGCUUAUGUUGGCAUUGACCGCUGCAACACCUGUCUACAAAGGCUAUUUGGUAGACACAGAUACGCGCUGGGGAUAUAUCUCUGCUUGCUUGGAUGACCGCACAACAGAGGAGCUGGCCACAACCCCACCUCGUUAUUCCUGGAAUCGUACAUAUAUCUCAUCAGAGAAGCCACUAGAUGUGGAAGGCAAGACAUCCUCGCAACCAAUUGACGAAAGUCUCAAGCAGGGCCUGCUAGAUGGCGGGAUGGAUGAGCCUCUGGCUCACCACUUCGCAACCGUUCUUUCUCGUGAUCCUAUCAUUGUGAGUCGGGAAGACAUCGAACAAUUCGACCCCAACGAUUCGGGUCUCUUUGAUAUGCUCUACAAUAGUGUAUGGCAACAUGUCCGGCUCAAGCCCCCAUUGUGCGACUCCGGACCCGGCUGGCGAGUUGAAUUCCGGCCCAUGGAGGUUCAACUGACCGACCAUGACAAUGCUGCAUUUUCCAUAUUCAUAUACCUUCUCUCGCGCGCCAUCACCGCGUUUCACCUGAACUUCUACAUCCCCAUCGACAAAUUGGGUGACUCCAUGGAGCGAGCCCAGAAGCGCAAUGCAGCGCUUGACGAGCGGAUCUGGUUCCGUCGUACGGGUUGGUCUGCAUACGCUCUGUUAUCCAUGGAUGAGAUCGUCAACGGUGAGAACUCGGAGGUUCCGUCUGGAUUUCCUGGCUUGAUCAACAUUGUAUGGGCAUACCUGCAAUACAUGGAUACCCCAUUGCGCGAGAGAAAGCGACUGAAGCAGUAUCUGGAUGUGAUAAGUAAACGAGCCAGUGGACAGCUCCCUACCCCUGCGCAGUGGAUGAGGUCGGUUGUCAUGACACAUCCAGAGUACCGGAGAGAUAGUCGGGUUGGGGAGAAGAUUCGGUUUGAUUUAUUGCAAGAGAUCAUAAGCAGGGGCGAGUGA